AUGGUAACUAGUUCGAUCGGUAGCGGGAGCGGAGAGCGGACCCCAGAGAGCCCUGAGCAGCCCCACCGCCGCCGCCGGCCUAGUUACCAUCACACCCCGGGAGGAGCCGCAGCUGCCGCAGCCGGCCCCAGUCACCAUCACCGCAACCAUGAGCAGCGAGGCCGAGACCCAGCAGCCGCCCGCCGCCCCCCCCCCGCCGCCCCCGCCCUCAGCGCUGCCGACACCAAGCCCGGCACCACGGGCAGCGGCGCAGGGAGCGGCGGCCCGGGCGGCCUCACAUCGGCGGCGCCUGCCGGCGGGGACAAGAAGGUCAUCGCAACGAAGGUUUUGGGAACAGUAAAAUGGUUCAAUGUAAGAAACGGAUAUGGUUUCAUCAACAGGAAUGACACCAAGGAAGAUGUAUUUGUACACCAGACUGCCAUAAAGAAGAAUAACCCCAGGAAGUACCUUCGCAGUGUAGGAGAUGGAGAGACUGUGGAGUUUGAUGUUGUUGAAGGAGAAAAGGGUGCGGAGGCAGCAAAUGUUACAGGCCCUGGUGGAGUUCCAGUGCAAGGCAGUAAAUAUGCAGCAGACCGUAACCAUUAUAGACGCUAUCCACGUCGCAGGGGUCCUCCACGCAAUUACCAGCAGAAUUACCAGAAUAGUGAGAGUGGGGAAAAGAAUGAGGGAUCGGAGAGCGCUCCCGAAGGCCAGGCUCAACAACGCCGGCCCUACCGCAGGCGACGGUUCCCACCUUACUACAUGCGGAGACCCUAUGGGCGUCGACCACAGUAUUCCAACCCUCCUGUGCAAGGAGAAGUGAUGGAGGGUGCUGACAACCAGGGUGCAGGAGAACAAGGUAGACCAGUGAGGCAGAAUAUGUAUCGGGGUUAUACACCACGAUUCCGCAGGGGCCCUCCUCGCCAAAGACAGCCUAGAGAGGAUGGCAAUGAAGAAGAUAAGGAAAAUCAAGGAGAUGAGACCCAAGGUCAGCAGCCACCUCAACGUCGGUACCGCCGCAACUUCAAUUACCGACGCAGACGCCCAGAAAACCCUAAACCACAAGAUGGCAAAGAGACAAAAGCAGCCGAUCCACCAGCUGAGAAUUCCUCCGCUCCCGAGGCUGAGCAGGGCGGGGCUGAGUAAAUGCCGGCUUACCAUCUCUACCAUCAUCCGGUUUAGUCAUCCAACAAGAAGAAAUGAAUAUGAAAUUCCAGCAAUAAGAAAUGAACAAAAGAUUGGAGCUGAAGACCUUAAGUGCUUGCUUUUUGCCUGUUGACCAGAUAACUAGAACUAUCUGCAUUAUCUAUGCAGCAUGGGGUUUUUAUUAUUUUUACCUAAAGAUGUCUCUUUUUGGUAAUGACAAACGUGUUUUUU